GCAAACAGGAAAUUAGAGCAUCCUGUUGAAAGAGCCAGAGAUGGGUCCUCCAACCGGCGCACUGCUUGGCAUCAACGGCGUUCGUGUCUUACCUCCUGGCAAAGGGAAUGAUACAGUGUAUAUUUAUCUCUCUAACACCGAUGCCUCAACAUUCCACAGUGUGCCGGUUUCCCUCUCCACGUUGCAAAAAUUAGGAUCAGUGGAAACCCUUUUCACUGGUUACGCUUUGAUGGUUCCGCCUUGGAUAAGAGUUGGGAGAGGCGUAUCUGGCGGGAGGAGAAAGGAAUGCGUUGUUGACGGUUGCUCUUGGCAGUGGCGAGAUGCAAACUGUGUAUGGGGGGGGAGUGAGACGGAGCUGGUGGGGCAUACUAGUGUUGCUUUGGGAAGAACGUGGGGAGAGAAAGGGAAUGUGUUUAUCACGACGCAGAAGGGAGGCGUGGUGGGUGUUGAUGUUGGGCGUUGAAUCCUUCAUCGUCUGUCAAGAGAGGAGUCCAGAAUGUUGAUUUUCGGGAUGAAGAGCCACACCUUCGAGAACGAAUCUUCAAGCACAGACCGAGCGUAGGGAAACAGUCGAUAAUCGUCAUCUGGCGAAAUCUUCUGACAUUGCAGCACAUAUAUCAAGGUCUAUAUAGAGUGGUCGACAGCCGUGAUCGCCAAAUACCCCACACAC